UAGCAAAAAGCUCGAGUCUGAAGGGCAUCGUACGGACAUGGGAGUUUCUUCAACUUCCAGGGGAUCUGACUGCAACUCUUCAUUUUCAAACAAAGAAGAUACUGGCGGCUGCUUUGUAGCCCAUGAUUCCUCAGCUGAAAUUCUGUCAACAAAGACUAUAGAGACUUCUGAUGUGAAUGUCCCAGAUGUUCAGUCAGCACAGGACAAACAUAUGUUUUCUGAUCAAUCUCUAGUAGAAAAAAAAGAGAUUACAGUCUCGUUGGAACAUAAGCCGCCGUCUAAUGAAGAUCUGGAACAUGUGAAAAAUCCCAAUGUUGAAACUCAGGGAAGUCACCAGUUUCAUUUAACUUCUGUUGAUGCUAUUGGUUUUGAAAAUACUAUAUCCUUGCAAGCUUCCAACAAAGAAUUCACUGAGAGAAAUAUGGCAAGAUGUAGUUCAAUAAUUGGGAAGCCCGAUGAUGUUCUGGAAAAAGAAACGUCGCACAUUCGCUCCGAAACUGACAUAAAGAUGACGGAGGAUUCAAGUUUGUUAAGCAUGCAUACUCCACAACGAAGGGCUAGAAGCCCAUCUCCAGGUGCCACACCUGAGAACUUAAGCAAAAGGCCUGCAACUGUGUGUGCCUUUUAUGCUAGAGGUUGGUGUAUCAAGGGAAAUUCAUGUCGGUUUCUUCAUCAGGAAGAGGACAGCAAAGAUCUCUCCAAGUCCAGUAGGGAUGGAGGUGUUUUGGACGAUACAGGUUCUCUGGGAGAAGCUGACAAAUCAAAAAUGUCUUCUCCACAUGAGAGACCAGACUCAUCAAACACUCAGAGAUUAGGACCCCGAUCACAAAUGCAAAGAGCUCUUGUCAGGGUAUAUGGCGAGGAGAACCGAAGAGAGGAAUUUCACAAAACUGAUAUUCCUCGAGUUGGAGCCACAAUACUUCGAGAUGAGUACAGGGGCCCUCUUGGGGUAGGCCCUCAGUUGGAUUAUGUGGAUGAGAGUCGACAUUUCUUGCCUAGAAGAAGCUUAGAUGAGGAGCAGGUGCAACAAGAAAUUCCCAAGAGAGAAUUUCGCAAUGAAUCACCUUUAUCUCGAGGUUAUUCAUUGACGGCUCCUGCAGUUCCAGAUGAUAGAAACUAUCUAGGUGACUCAUCUAUAUCAUCCUGUUUGUAUCCUAACAACGAUGAUCAGUUUGGCCAUGAAAGAAGAAGUGAAGACUUUGCUUUUCGAAAUUUACGUGGUUCUUUUGACUCAACUUUUAGUUAUAAGUCUCUUUCUCUUCCAAGAAGUUCUUCUCCCUACUUCUCCAGACCCGAGGUUAAUAACGUCGUGCACAAUUUGUCCAGGGAUCUUCCAGACUCUGUUAGGCAGAGAUUAGAAAGACUGAGAAGUUCUUGGGAGCCAUCUGUGCCUUUCCGGCCAUCUUUUAAUUUAGCACCUGCAAUUUUAUCUUCUGCUGGAAGUCAAUAUGAUCCACUUACUGACAGCAUAGAGCCUCAUGAUUCUAGGAAUACAUUCUUGCAAGCUUCUGAGAGGACCAUCAAUGUAAAUGUUUCAGGUACUUCUAUGGAAGUUGAUCCUCCAUUAUAUGAAAGUAAGGUAUCAGAGUACAGUAGUAAGAAAAUUCCAGGUGAAGGGAUAUCAGAUGAGAGUAAACCUGAUCAUGGUUUAAGCAAACAAACAAGUUUGGUAGUGCCAGUAACUCCUACAGAUACCGCAGUUGAUGGGGGAAGUAGUUCUGCGCCAAAAGAAGUGGACCAUAAGAUCCCUAAUCAUUUAGUUCAAAGUUCUAUUAAUGGUGCAGAUCAUGAUGGUGAGCUGAGGAAUCAGGGAGAUGAGAGCAAAAUGAGUAAAGAAUCAAAGGCAAUGAGAUUUUUCCGCGCUGCUUUGGUGGAGUUUGUUAAAGAUUUGGUAAGGCCAUAUUGGCAUGAAGGGCGUUUAACUAAGGAUGCACAUAAGUUGGUAGUUAAGAAAGCUGUCGAAAAGGUGCUUAGUGCAUUACAAGCGCAUCAAAUUCCAAAUACUGCAGAGCUAGCAAGCCAAUAUUUAUCGACAUCUCGGCCAAAGAUUUUGAAACUUGUGGAGGCUUAUGUUGAGAAAUAUGCAAAUCCUAGGCCUCUGCAUGACUGAAGCUUCUUAAUAGGAACAUGUUGGAGCAAACCCAGAAGUACAUAUAGUGCAGAUAUUGAUGCCAGUUUCUCUCAUAGGAUGCUUCUGUCUAGCCUGUAGAUUUUGAAGGCCGUAGGCUAUUUAACGUUUUUCAUCAAAGUAGCAAGGUAAGGAAUAGUUUUAGAGAACUGUGACUUGUUUUUUAAGGUUGAAAUAUAGAAACUGGAGACAGGGACUAUAUGUUGUAGAUUUCCCUUUCAAAUUUUGCUGUGCUUUAGAGCUUUCUGACGUCUCUCAUGCAGUCAUUCAUAUUACCCAGCACAAAAAUUUUUGAGGUUCUUUUAAAAGAAUGUUAAUGUUCAUAUCAUAUAAAUAAUGAUUCUUC